GAGGGGCCAGGGGCGGUGACGCACGGCGCGGUGACGCAGCGCGACGGCGGCGGUGGCGGCGGUGGUGGUCGGUGCGGGAGGAGGGAGGGGAGCUCGCGGGCCGGAGAGGGGGCGACGGUGGUGGCGGUGGCCUGAGGAGGCCCGGGCGGUGGCGGCGGCAGCCGAGGCGGAUCCUUCUCACCACAGUGUUCCAGGCAGCCACUACCAAUUGAUUGGAGUUAGCCUGUGAGGAGCCUGGAGAGGCGUGGCUGGACCAACACCUCCCCUGAUGUGAGCAGGUGUCCUCUUCCCCUCAUCACCCAUUGCCACUACGCCAGGGAACGUCCUCAAGCCCUGGCCCUCAGGGGAGAGGAAACAGGAGCCUGGAGCCGAGACCAUGUGACGGCGCUGGCCCUCGCCACCGCCGUCCCCCCACCCUGGCCCCAGGCCUGGCACCAUGAUGUUCCGAGACCAGGUGGGCAUCCUUGCUGGCUGGUUCAAGGGCUGGAAUGAGUGUGAACAGACAGUGGCCCUGCUGUCACUUCUGAAGCGAGUCACGCGCACCCAGGCUCGCUUCCUGCAGCUCUGCCUGGAGCACUCACUGGCAGACUGCAAUGACAUUCACCUGCUGGAGUCAGAGGCCAACAGUGCUGCCAUUGUCAGCCAGUGGCAGCAGGAGUCCAAAGAGAAGGUGGUGUCCCUCCUGCUGUCCCACCUACCCCUGCUUCAGCCGGGCAACACGGAGGCCAAGUCAGAGUACAUGAGGCUGCUGCAGAAAGUGCUGGCCUACUCGAUCGAGAGCAAUGCCUUCAUCGAGGAGAGCCGCCAGCUGCUUUCCUACGCCCUCAUCCACCCGGCCACCACACUGGAGGACCGCAAUGCACUGGCCCUCUGGCUCAGCCACUUGGAAGAGCGGCUAGCUAGCGGCUUUCGCACCCGACCUGAGCCCACCUACCACUCUCGCCAGGGCUCGGAUGAGUGGGGUGGCCCUGCAGAGCUGGGCCCUGGGGAUGCAGGGCCAGCCUGGCAGGAAAAGCCACCCCGGGAAAAUGGACAUGUGCCCUUCCACCCACCCAGCUCAGUGCCGCCAGCCAUCAACAGUAUUGGGAGCAACGCAAAUGCAGGUCUCCCCUGCCAAAUCCACCCCAGCCCGCUGAAGCGCUCCAUGUCGCUCAUCCCCACGAGCCCCCAGGCCCCUGGUGAGUGGCCGAGUCCAGAGGAGCUUGGGGCCCGGGCUGUUUUCACCACGCCCGACCACGCACCCCUCUCACCCCAGAGCAGCGUGGCCUCCUCUGGCAGUGAGCAGACGGAGGAGCAGGGCUCCAGCCGGAACACUUUCCAGGAGGACGGCAGUGGCAUGAAAGACGUGCCCUCGUGGCUCAAGAGCCUCCGCUUGCACAAGUACGCAGCCCUCUUCUCACAGAUGAGCUAUGAAGAGAUGAUGACACUGACUGAACAGCACUUGGAGUCUCAGAAUGUCACCAAAGGUGCCCGCCACAAGAUAGCCCUGAGCAUCCAGAAGCUGCGCGAGAGGCAGAGCGUCCUCAAAUCCCUGGAGAAGGAUGUGCUGGAAGGCGGAAAUCUGCGAAAUGCUCUGCAGGAGCUGCAGCAGAUCAUCAUCACCCCCAUCAAGGCCUACAGUGUCCUCCAGGCCACCGUGGCCACCACCGCCGCCACCACCUCUACUGCCAAGGAUGGGGGCCGGGGGGAGCCACCGCUGCCAGGUGCUGAGCCUCCCCUGGCUCACCCUGGCACAGACAAGGGCAGUGAGACCAGUGACCCUCCAGCUGCAGAGAGCUACCCCCCUCCACCAGCUCCGGCUCCCACUGAUGGUAGUGAGCCAGCCCCCGCUCCCGUUGCUGAUGGAGACAUCCCCAGCCAGUUUACACGGGUGAUGGGCAAAGUGUGCACCCAGCUGCUGGUUUCCCGACCAGACGAGGAGAACAUCACCAGUUACCUCCAGCUCAUCGAAAAGUGCCUGUCUCAUGAGGCUUUCACGGAGACACAGAAGAAACGACUGCUGUCCUGGAAACAGCAAGUGCUGAAGCUCCUCCGGACCUUCCCUCGCAAAGCUGCACUAGAGAUGCAGAACUACAGGCAGCAGAAAGGCUGGGCGUUUGGCUCGAACUCACUCCCCAUAGCUGGUUCUGUGGGGAUGGGGGUGGCCCGGCGGACCCAGCGGCAGUUCCCAAUGCCUCCCCGGGCCCUUCCGCCUGGCAGGAUGGGCCUUCUGAGCCCUUCGGGCAUUGGGGGCAUCUCCCCUCGACAUGCCCUCACCAGCCCCAGCCUUGGGGGCCAGGGCCGACAGAACCUGUGGUUCGCCAACCCUGGAGGCAGCAACAGUAUGCCCAGCCAGAGCCGCAGCUCUGUGCAGCGCACCCACUCGCUCCCAGUCCACUCGUCACCCCAGGCCAUUCUCAUGUUCCCUCCAGACUGCCCGGUCCCUGGGCCUGACCUGGAGAUCAAUCCCACUCUGGAGUCUCUAUGUCUGAGCAUGACAGAACACGCCUUGGGUGAUGGGACAGACAAAACCUCCACCAUCUGACGGGACCCACAGCCCAGCGCACCCAUAGGCUCCCCGGGCGGCGGGCGGGGGCCAACCCCCAACGGGCUUCUCCGCGACAGCGAGAGGGUGGGCUGGCUCAGCUAUACAUUCUAAUAUUUUUCUACUCUCUCACCCUUUUAACUUUUGUUUAACAUUGGCACACGCCUUGCUCACUCCCAGGCCCAUCGAGGGAUCUCUGCUGAGGCCCGGGGAGGUAGGGGGCAGCCAGGAUAAAGGGGGCAGGGACUGGCCAGCCUGCCUGCCCCCUCCUUCCCUCCUUCCCCCCCGACCUGGCCCUGUCCCACCCCUGCCUCCUCUAGACUGCCGGCCACCUGCCCCUCCCAAGGAAAAAGUCUCCCCCAGACUCACUGACCCACUCUCUUGUGGGGCCUGCUCAGAACUAUCUGACAUUUGGGGAGAGAUGAGUGGGGUAGAUAAUCUGCUCUCCUGAAUGUUAUUUGAGAGGAGCUGAGGAGAUAAAGGCCGGUGAGGAGAGGAGCGUGUCUGUCUGCCUGUCUCUCUCUCCCUCUCUCCCUCACCUCCUUACACCUUCUUCUUCCCCAUUCCCAUCAUUCCCCAAGGACAGGAGCCACCCUCCUCUCACUUCCUUUUGCCCUGUUUAUCAGAGGUUCUCUGCAAUUAAUUUCUUAGGUCUAUUUAAGAUACAUAUUUAUAUAGUU